GCGUCAUAAUUGGACGCUCAUUCCUCCAGUCAGCUGGAACUGCGACUCACUCAGCUCCAUCACAUCUACGUCUUUCCCGCGGACUCGGUCUUUCCUUUUUUUUUAAAGGAGCACUGCUGUUUAUUUACACAUCCUGCAGAAAAACCAGCAUAGGCAAGCUCAAAGCUCUCGGACACCUUUUAUUUCCCCCAGUUGAAUCUCUCUUUCUCAUUCAAUGGCUCCGUGUGUGGUGCUGCUCUGCUCUCUGUUCGGAGUUCUCCUUGGCCAAGGAGUGGAGCAGAUCUCCAUAGAGGACUGCUGUAAAGAUGGCCAGAAGCGUGGCAAUGAUAACGAAGAGUGUGCGUCCCUCCCUCUCAUCUCUGGGUCAAACACAUGCAGGAUAGUACAGGAGCAGUGCUGUAUAACAGUGCUUGAGGAUAACAUGUGCACCACUGGUAUCAACAUGGCCAAAGACCAAGGAGCCUGCGAAUCUUUAUUCACCAACACCUGCGAGACCAAGACUACAAAGAUGUGCUGUGACUGUUGUCUUCUGGGGAAGGCGACCCAGGAGCAGGGCCUACCCUGUGACCACAACCUGUCCGUGGGCUACCAGUGUGGCCUUGUGUCCCGGGCCUGCUGCGUAGAUGGAGCCCCAGACAACCAGACCACAGCAAAAACUGAAUUACCAAACAAAGAUGAAACCAGUGACAGUGGAGAUAAUUCAGUAUUAAGUGAUCAGUGCAAAGGGAAAUGUGCUCAUAACUGUGUGGGAAAUGGCACUUGUUCCUGUUUCAAAGGCUACAAACUCAAGCCAGAUGGAAAGAGCUGUGAGGACAUCAACGAGUGUUUGCUGGGAGCCAGCAACUGUCGGGGAGGAGAGCGUUGUAUCAACACAGAGGGCUCAUUCCGUUGCCAGAGAGAGGUCAGCUGUGGGACUGGCUAUGAACUCACUGACAACAACAACUGCAAAGACAUUGAUGAGUGUGAGAGUGGCAUCCAUAACUGUGGCCCAGAGUUCGAGUGCCAAAACACACAGGGUUCGUUCCGUUGUCUCCCUAAAGUCAAAUGUGGUGCGGGCUUUAUCCAGGACGCCCUCGGCAACUGCAUUGAUAUCAAUGAAUGUGUCAGCCAGACGGGCCCAUGCAACCGCGGGCAGAUCUGCAUCAACACAGUUGGCUCGUACAUCUGCCAGAGGAACUCUGUUAACUGUGGUCGAGGAUACCACCUCAAUGAAGAGGGCACACGCUGUGUUGAUAUUGAUGAGUGUAAGGGCCCUGAAAAGGUCUGUGCAGGUCAUGGUUGUAUCAACCUGAUAGGCUCCUACCGCUGUGAGUGUGAGACUGGCUACAUCUUCAACAGCAUCAGUCGGGUUUGUGAGGAUAUUAACGAAUGCAGGCACUACCCUGGCCGCCUGUGUGCUCAUAAGUGUGAGAACACUCUGGGAUCCUACCAAUGUAGCUGCACCACCGGCUUCAAGCUAGCCGCUGAUGGCAGGAAUUGUGACGAUUUAAAUGAGUGUGAGAGCAACCCAUGCAGUCAAGAGUGUGCCAACGUGUACGGCUCCUACCAGUGUUACUGUCGCCGUGGCUACCAGCUCAGUGACAUAGAUGGCAUGACUUGUGAAGAUAUAGAUGAGUGUGCCCUGCCCACUGGAGGUCAUAUUUGCUCCUAUCGCUGUCACAACACCCCUGGCAGCUUCCACUGUUCCUGUCCUGUCAGUGGCUACACAUUGGCACCCAAUGGGCGCAGCUGCCAGGAUAUUGAUGAAUGCGUGACGGGAACGCACACAUGCACAGUGAAUCAGAGCUGCUUUAAUGUGCAGGGAGGAUUCAGAUGCUUGUCCUUCGAGUGUCCAAACAACUACCGGCGCGUUGGAGAGACUCGAUGUGAACGCUUGCUUUGCAAUGACUCUGUCGAUUGCCCUGCCAUGCCCCUGAGAAUAACCUACUACUACCUCACCUUCCCCACCAACAUCCCCGUCUUCACCAACAUCUUCCGCAUGGGCCCCUCCCACACCGUGGCCGGCGAUGAUAUCCAGAUUGUUAUCACUUCUGGCAACGAGGGCGGUUUCUUCAAGACGGAGCGUGUUCCCACCGGCGGCGUGAUGUCGGUGGCAAAGCUCAUCAACCAGCCACAGGACUUCGAGCUGUCUCUGGAGCUAAGGCUGCGUCGCUACGGCACGCUCAGCACAUACCUUUCUAAAGUGCUGGUGUUUGUUACCCAGGAGGAGCCCAGAGUACCUUACAAUCCCCUACUAGAAUAAACACAGGAGUUAACGUAGGGUUACACAAGUUACUACACUCUUAAAAAGGAUGUGUCAUGUUAAAUGCAUCUUCUUGUCGAAAAAAUAAUUCAUCCUCAACACAAAAUCCAAUGAAGGUGACCAUUCAGUAUGUUUAUAGCAAAGCAUAGUGAUGCAAUGUAGACUACUACAUGUUGUAACAUAUAUGAUUGCAGAACAUACUGCAUAGAUAUAAACAGGUAAAUAUAAAUUAUAUAAUUUCUAAUUGGUGAUUAUUAUUAAGACCAGUAUUCAUCCUUAUAAACACAGAUUUAUCUGAUUAGGUUUAAGCCGGCCUAAAAACUUGGGCAAACUGUAUGAGCUAAUGAUCUGAUUAUGGGCAAAAAUGAGGGACCCAAUGCUCCCAAUACCCCUUCCAAUCAGUGAGUUACUAUAAAUAUACAAAUGUAUUAAAAAUGUGGACUUUGUCAAAAAAAAGAAGAAACACAUUUUACUUGAUAUUAUGAGAUCUGAGAAGUGCAUACUGUAUUCUUAAAGGAAUAGUUUGGGAUAUUAUUUUAGGGAAUACUAUUUUGGGAAAUAGAUGAGAAGAUUCAUACCACUCUAAUAUCUGUACGCUAAUUAUAAAGCUACCGCCAGCAGCUGG